UUUAACAUAUUCAAACCAACGUCACAACUGAAGGUGGAUCACGCUGCUUUUUCUAUAAAACCCCCUGCAGCCCGCUCACUGUGGAGGAGCAGGCAUCGGUCUCUCUCAGAGGAGCCGAGAAAGAAACUUUCCCCCAAACCCUGAACGGAUUUCUGUCACCGUGCGCUCAGAGGAAGCUGCUUGGAGCUUUUACAGGAGACCAGAGAAAAAAAAGGAAAAAGGAGGAAAAGAAAAAGAAUUCCGGACAGACGGACAGGGAGAAGCUUUACGCACAGCCCAGACAAUUUCAGCGCGCAGACACAGGUGGAUGCUGGGAAACGGACCAGCGCGGAGGAGAUGUUGCCCCUGCCUCAGUUUGGAGUGCUGUCGGCCUUGGCCACCGCGCUCACUUCGCUUCUCUCCGCGGUCCUGCUGCUGGCACUGACGCGGCAGCUGUGGAGCCUCCGCUGGAGUCUGACCCGGGACAAAGAGAGUCGCCUGCCGCUCCCGAGAGGCUCCAUGGGCUGGCCACUGGUCGGAGAGACUUUCCACUGGUUGUUCCAGGGUUCAAACUUCCACAUCUCGAGGCGAGAGCGUCACGGAAAUGUGUUUAAGACCCACCUCCUGGGGAAGCCGGUCAUCAGGGUGACGGGUGCAGAAAACAUCCGCAAGAUCCUGCUGGGGGAACACAGCCUGGUGUGCACCCAGUGGCCUCAGAGCACACGCAUCAUCCUGGGACCCAACACCCUGGUCAACUCCAUCGGAGACCUCCACAAGAGGAAGCGAAAAAUUCUGGCCAAAGUGUUUAGCCGGAGUGCUCUGGAGUCCUACCUGCCCCGGCUUCAGGACGUCAUCAAAUCUGAAAUCGCCAAGUGGUGCUCAGAGCCGGGCGCCGUCGACGUGUACAGUGCAGCCAAGUCCCUGACGUUCCGCAUCGCGGUCAGGGUCCUGUUGGGUCUGAAGCUGGAGGAGGAACGGAUCGUUUACCUGGCUAAGAUCUUCGAGCAGCUGAUGAACAACCUCUUCUCUCUGCCAAUAGAUGCCCCGCUUAGUGGGUUACGCAAGGGGAUAAAAGCCAGAGAAAUCCUGCACGCCCACAUGGAGAAAAUCAUUGAAGAGAAGAGGGAGCGGCAGCACAUGGACGAGGAAUAUAACGACGCCUUUGAUUACAUGUUGUCCAGCGCUAAGGAGAACGACCAGCAGCUCAGCAUGCAGGAGCUCAAGGAAACAGCAGUGGAGCUGAUCUUUGCUGCUCACUCCACCACAGCCAGCGCUUCCACAUCACUGGUUCUGCAGCUUCUUCGCCACCCAGCAGUGGUGGACAAGGCCAGAGUUGAACUGGAGGCGGAAGACCUCGGCUAUGAAUCUCACAACAGCUGCAUUCAAUCUGGUGUCACCAUGGAAACAGAGGAGGGCGCCACUGACGUAGAAACAACCUGCCUGCUAAACAGAGGGUGUCGGAAUCAGAGAGACGAAGACGGUUUCCCGCGGUCGCAGUCUCAUGUACCCUGGCUGAGCCUGGAGAAGCUCAGCCAGCUCCGCUACAUCGACUGUGUCGUCAAAGAGGUCCUCCGCUUCCUUCCGCCAGUCUCUGGCGGUUACCGAACAGCUCUGCAGACGUUUGAACUAGAUGGCUACCAGAUCCCAAAAGGUUGGAGUGUAAUGUACAGUAUCCGGGACACCCAUGAGACUGCAGCAGUCUUCCAGAGCCCGGAGCUGUUUGACCCGGAACGGUUCAGCCCAGAUCGGGAUGAGUGCCGGUCGGCCCGGUUCAGCUAUGUGCCGUUCGGUGGUGGAGUGCGGAGCUGCGUAGGGAAAGAACUGGCUCAGAUCAUCCUAAAGACUCUCGCCGUGGAGCUGAUUGGGACUUGCAAAUGGACCCUUGCUACAGAGAACUUCCCCAAGAUGCAAACAGUGCCAAUAGUGCACCCAGUAAACGGGCUGCACGUGCAUUUUUCCUACAACUACCAGCUUUAGAGAAAAAAAACAGACAAAUAGACACUGAGAAACUCAACCAGGGAGGCAGUUUGACCUUUCCUGCUUCUGGGAACUCUCUAGGAAAAGAGAAAAUGACCUCGCCAGUCCUGAUGGUGCAGUUUAGGCCCCCUUUCAUCUGCAUGGACAUGGGUGGGUGGGGGGUUACUUCAUUUCUUCAGUGGUCUGACCCAAACCUAAGAAACGACUUUCUGUUGUAGCACAAGCACAUUUUAACCAUGUUACAUGUUUCCCAGCAUUUACUUACUUUUACACACAUUUUAAGUUAUUAAAAUAUGAAAAUUUGCAGCAUUUUUCCUGCUAGUUUUCAAACAGGAGAUUAAGUUUUGCUGUCAUGAGUGGACCGCAUGUCACUAGCAAUAGUUUCUAUCCAGAGGACAAACAGUUAUUCAGGGACUCUUAAACCCUCCCUUCACACUACUUUAAUAAUCUUUUACCAGUAUAUUUUCUAUAUAUCCAGUUUCAGGGAUGUUUCUUUCCACUCAAAUCCAGUGAAACAAACACGUGGCGUCAUGAUUUUCUGCUGCCUGUCUUUCCUGUUGCACUCUGCCUUGGCAUCUUCGCCUUUCUGCACUCCUUCCUGAUAAAAUAAGCUUUUUACAUCAUCACUAUGGACAUAUCCAAGUGCUAUGUACUGUAUAUCUGCUAGCUUAUAUUUAGAACUUUGCCUUUGUUCACUUCUUAGGACUUCAUGUUGCCUCUGAAGUGCCUCUGAGCAUGGCACUGGCUGCGAGGCAGCUCCACGUGGAGAAACAAGCUUUGAAAUGUGACAGUUUGAUUAAGGCUGAAAUGUGAUUUUCUGUAAUAGAACCAUAUCUGAAUGCUCAUAAUGGACACUGGAGAGACCGGAUGUGUGAGGCUGAACCGACAACCAGGAACUACCCGAACAUAAAGUUCAUUUUAUACGAAUGUUAUCUAUCCUUAACAGUGCUAUUAUAUGUGUAUCAAAUGAAGUAGCAUUAUGAAUAAGCUGUAUUUAAAAUGCCGAUGUAUCAUAUCUGUUGUACUUUUAUCUGUAACAAUUUAUAGAUAGAGACACUAACUAGUAAAGCCCAUAACACCUUUAUCACUGCUAGAACAUAGAAAUAUUUUAUUGUUUAGAGCGGCAUAUACUGAGAGUAAAGUUAUACUUUUUAUUAUUGUUUUUACUGGUCUAAUUCUAGGACUGUCUAAUAGAUGCGCUGUGAAAUCUGAGGUGUGGAUGGAUUUGUGGAAGGAGAUAGCACUUUCUUUGCUUUAAGGAGUCUGUGUAAAUUUGUCCUGUUUGUGCGUUCAUUGAGUGUAUCACAUGUAGCUGCUGUACAGUUGAUGUAAAGAGUAAAUUAGAAGAUGCUAAACUAAAUUUGUCA